UCUCCCUCCCCCUGGUCCAUCCGCAUCGGUCUUGGUCCUCCCUCCUCGUCCUCCAUCACCCCAUUCGAGCCCCUCGGCACAUCGCCCGGCCAGCCAUCGCUGCAUCUAUCGAUUCAACCGAUCGCCCUCUGUCGCUCUCGCUCACAACACAGUGUCACAUCACUCCACCAAGCACACCGCAACACACCAUGGAUGCUCCUCGCCAUGAACCGCUUUUGGCCAUUCUUCUGGCGCCAGACCUGCCUGAUUCCAAGCUCGCCACUCGCAGUUCUUCCAGUAUCCUCCGCGAUCCCACCUUCUUCGCCGAUGCCAUUGAUGGAGCAAACCUCGUAGCCUCGCCCUCCAGUGGCUUGCCGCCCGACAUCGCGACCCUCGCCGCUCUGGAUCCAGCAUUCGAGUCCUAUCUCGACCGCCUGACGGACUUAUCGCUCUCCAGUCUCCAGGCCGAGCCAGAUCUGCUUCAGCAGGAAUCCGCCAACAUCGAGGCGCAGCUCGCGCAGCUUGCCUUCUCCGAGUAUGCAUCGUUCAUCCAAGCCCACUCGUGCACGGGCUCGAUCAUGGAGACCUUCGAGUCCAUGGAGACCAGCCUCGAUCGCCUCGAGCAGAGCCUGCCUGCAGUCGAGGCUGCCGCCACCCUGUUCGCCGACGCCUCCGCCAAACUCUUGGACGACAAACAGCAGCUCUCCUUCAUUCUCAGCCAGCACGCCAAGAUCGAGGAUCUGCUCGAGAUUCCGCAGCUUAUGGACACCUUCAUCAAGAGCGGCUACUACGAAGAAGCGAUGGAGCUGUCGUCCUUUGUCCACCGCCUCGUUCUGCGAUAUCCUGGCAUCCGUCUGCUGAAGCAAAUCUCGACGCAGGUCCUUGCCCUGACAAAGACGAUGCUCGCCCAGCUCGUCCAGCUCCUGCGCGGGAACGUCAAGCUGCCGCUCUGCAUCCGGGUCAUCGGGUAUCUGCGGAGCCUCAAGGCCUUUUCCGAGUCCGAGCUCCGGCUGGUCUUUCUGCAGCAGCGAGACCACUAUCUGAAGAAGCAGCUCGCCCAGCUCAAGCCUGAGGAUGGUGCCCGCUGGACGUCGGCCGAGUAUCUGAAACGCUACGUCGACACUUCGAGAGAAUCCUUCUUCGACAUCAUCACCCAGUACAAGGCCAUCUUUUCCGACUCGUCCAGCUCCAUCUCGGCCUCCCAGGCACUCUCGCCAACCUCAACGUCAGCGUCGGCAUCGGCGGCGCUGGACCUAGCCCUUGAACCGCCUCGCGCUGCCAGCUCGGUCUUUGACACCGAAGGCACCAACUCGACUGCGAGCGUGCUGGCUUCCUACGUCACAGCGACCGUCGGCGACUUUUUGGACACCCUGGAAAGCCAUCUGCCCAACGUCACCGACGCCUCCGUGCUGGGCUCGCUCCUGACCCAGACAAUGUACUAUGGCAUGUCGCUGGGCCGUGUCGGCAUCGACUUUCGCGAGCUCCUCGUUGCUCCAUUCGAGGCCGCCAUCCACAGCAACGUCCGUCGGACCAUCCAGGGCGGUCUGCAGACCUUUGUCGACCACAUCAACGCACACGGAGUUCUGCAGCUCAAGACGGGCGUGGCUCUGAGCUAUGAUGAGCGCCGAUCGAGCUCGACGGCUGGGCCCGAUGCAGUUCCGCAGGGAGGACUCGUCACUGGAUACUCGGCCUCAGGCACCACCGCUCGAUACGGCCUGGAUGCGCCCGAGUUUGGUCGCUCCAGCAACCACCAGAUCUAUUCACCGCCCCAGGCGCUGAUGGCCUAUCCAACCCUUGCUGCCCUGCUGAACACAUACUUCACAGCCUUCAAUCAGCUGAGGGUCACCGCCGCUAUCUCGCUGAUCCCGGCACUCUCGAGCACCAUCGAAUCGACCCUGGUCAAGCUCACCGAGUCUAUCCAGCGCAAGGCCAAAGAGACCCUGUCGAAAUGGAGCACCGACGACAAGGCCAAGUUCGCGGACCUCUGCGAUGUCCUCUGCCAGGUGUUUGUGCCCUGUGUCGUCGAUGCCUUCGAGAACGGCGUCUACGGCUCCGUUUUGAUGCCCGGAACAGGUCUCAUUGCCCCGACCAGAGACACCGCCGCCGCGACCGAGGGUCCAGCUCCGGAGACGUCCGAUCCAGCAGCGGCACCAGAGCGAAGCAGCGUCUCGAGUAAAUCAGGCACCGGCAUCAAGCAGCGGACCAGUGUUCGGGGCCCGUUCGUGCAUAUCGAAAGCGUCUAUGAGCCGCUUGCCCAGCUCCGGAACGGUGCCCAAGAGGACACAGGCGUUGCGCACUAGAGUUGCACCCAAGCCGGCAGUGGAAGAUGAGCUGGACUGGACUGGACUGGCUUGUGAUCAAGCAGUCAGCACCACUACAGCAGGUACAACAGUGUCAUUCACGCCACCAGCAACACGUCAUCAACCGCACGACACCACCGCCAUGGCAGCAACGUGGUUGCAACGAUACAACUCCUAGACU